AUGGGCUGGGGGCUUCCAACCUGGCUCGGUGGCAGUCCUCCUGCCUCAAGACCAGAGACAGUCCGACCUCGUUCCAAAGAUGGGGGGUUCAUCGCUCCCGAUCGCAAUGCUAGAGAACUCUGCUACGAGUCCCGAGAUAUCUUCUUUGAGUGCCUGGACAAGAAUAACAUUUUGGACGCCAUAAAAGAGGACGAAAAGGCCAGGAAGGUGUGUCCGAAGGAAAUAUCGGAAUUUGAGCGGGACUGUGCAAAGACCUGGAUUAAAUAUUUCAAAGAGAAGAGAGUGAUGGAAUAUAAACGGGAUCAAACAUUAGCUAAAAUCCAGGAAGACGAUGCGAAAAUGGUUGCGAAGGCGAAAGCCGAGAGAAAGAAAGGUUCAUGGUUUGGAUGA